AUGGAAAAUGAAAAAGGACGUACAUCAAGAGCUUCUUCGACCUCAAGCCUCGGCAGAGAGGUCCGCUGUGGGUGUCAGUACUUCAAGAGUGAUUCUUUGCUGCCAGAGAGACGGGCGAUGAUGAUGUUGUCGCGACCUUCAUCCCGUGCCUCAGCCAAGACUCAACCAGUAUUAACCCUUAAUACUUACAUAUAUUUAAAUUACAAACAAUUUAAUAAUAUAUUAUUUAUAAUCAAAUUAACAGGAAGAACAAUGGACUUUACUUUUGACGUGACUAAAACACCAGUUAUCGGAAAAAGGUGGCUGAAACGUCAAGUGGAGGAUGAAAAAACAGCUGGAUCACCUAGACGUUCAUUAUCACUAUCACCUGCUGAUAGUAAUGUUGUUUCUAGUUGGAAGAGACCCUGGAUGUCACAGGGAAGAGUAAGAGAAUGCUUAGUGAAUCUUUUAAGACCUUUCGGUCAGCCGGUAGGCUUACCAAAGAGUCCUUCUGUAAUAUUCAGUCAAAGCUCAGAUUUGAUGGAAAGACAAUCGUCAAUGGCAUCAUCAACCGAAGAAAUGUCGGGCGCAAACAACGACCUGAGUGGUGGAUCUCGACGUGACGAUGAACAAUUUGGAGUUUUCAAGGACUUUGACUUCUUGGAGUACGAAAGUGAGAGCGUUGAAGGCGAGAGUACAGAUAACUUUAAUUGGGGAGUUCGCAGACGUCCGCUUAGCGAAGGCGAAGAACGUGAGCCUAGUUUACGACAAUUUGAAGAGAGUCUUAGUGAGAAAACACUUUCGUCUAAUAAACUUACAUCACGGCGUGGAGUUGCCGAAGAGUCAUCUGACGACGAAGUAGGAUCAGAAUCACCAUUAGACGAAGUCCCCUCAGGUUCCGGGGCGGGCCAGGAAAUAAACAACAUCCCGGGAAUGUUUCCUCCAUCUUCACUAUCCCUGAUCCCAAGUCGCUCUCGCCACGACUCGUCAACACGAUCGGACACCUCCGGAUCCAGCGCUGGCGAUCUAGGAGACGUGACACCGUGCAACGCAUCCCCGAACCUCUCCGCCUUAAUGCCGUUCCGUCAAGUAGUGCGUGACGACGCGGAAGAAAUCUGGCGUCAACAGAUCCAAAGUUUGAUAUCCCAGCCGCCGUACAAUAUUUUAGAAUUUUUCCACCUACUCAGCCGGAUUCUCCGCGACGUCUCCAGCAAAUCCGUCGGACUCUCCCGAGAAGCCGUGGCAUUGUUAACAAACGGCAGCACCGCUGCGUCUCAAUUAGCGUCUCAGUUAUCUAGUCACGCAGAGUUACUGAGCUCCAAGGCAGAGCCUCCAUUAGUCUGGUUUUCAUUGACCGUGUUUGGAAGCCAGCGGCUCAGUGAAACUUUGAGAUUCAGCAUGUUUGAAAUCCAGGAGCACCUGGAGACCUUUUUGGACAAAAAAGACCACGCGACAGAGUGUCUGGAGGCCGUGAAAGCGACUAACAAAUUACAAGUUCUCGGAGGAGACUCUUCUGCUGGACAAGAUCAGAGCUCUGAAGAAAUGCACCUAGUUUUAGGACGCGCGUUUUAUAAAUUGCACUUCCAGCUGCUGCUGAUGAUUGAAGCGUCCAAUAAAAUGCUGCUGUCUUUAACGAAAGCUUCGAAGAAUGUGACGGUCCAAUUGCACGACAUGUCUGUCGAGAUGUCCAUGAUGAAGACGGCGCUGUGUCGAGCUCUGGAAGAAAGCACCGAGAGCGAGCGCGGAACUCCAACUCCAACGCCGAGUCCGAGUCCGCUGCCCAGUGGCUCGGAAGAAAUGUCCAGGGUCGCUGAAUUUUUGAGGUCCGCACGCUGGUCGUCGGCGCUCGAGGCUGUGAGGAUACACCGGGCUCAGUGGCCCUCCGAUCCGUUCCACGACGACGAUGAUGUUACUACCGCGGUUAAUAUGUACUGCAGACACUUGGGUCAAGAGCGCUCCGAUUUGUUCGUUGUUACUAAGACCGACUCUGAGAUGACGGAUAUUUUUGAUAGGUUGAUGGAGAGUCUCUUCCGUGUGCUAGCCGCUGUUACUGGGCUUGAAGCUGCUGUCAAAGCUGUUAGGCUACCGGGCUCUCAUCAUUCGAAACUUGACUGCUAGAUUUAUUAAUCACAAAUAGUAUCUUAUUUUUAUUCAUACUUUAUUAAUUGUUGUUACUGUUAAUCGUUUAGAAGUUAUUAAUUGUACAUUUUUAGUGCAAAUCGUACUUUAGCGCGUGAUACAGCCUUUAAGGCAUUUAUAUUUACUUUUUCUGUUUGUUUUUUUUUUUUUUUUGACCAACUUUAAUUAAUAAUUAAUUAUUCUGAGAGUAAAAAAACCAUGGCGGUGUUUUAUUAUAAUUCGAUACCAGUGUAUUUUAAGGCGACCAAAAUUGUUUAUUUUUUUUUAAUUUUAAUAUUAGCUUGUCAUUAAAGCUUUAUUUUUCUGAGUAAUAAAAAAAAUGAAACUGGGAGUCGAUAUUUAGAUCUUAAUAGACUGAUUAGUUAAUUUUUAAUUGUUUACAAAAAUAGUAUAUUGAAGUACCCAUUUACCAGUUAAAAUCUUGCCGAAAAAAUUUUUUUUAUACAUUUGUACUUUAAAAAAAUGUUUUUUUUAACAUUGAACAAAAUCGAUAAUCAAUAAAAAUGAAUUAUUUUAUAAAUUUAAAUUGAGUUUCUAAUAAAAUUAGAAGUAGAAUACCGUAAUACUGGCAAUCGGGUACUGUACACAUGAAUAAAUUUUUUUAAUAUCCGUGAUGAU